AUGUCUCCCGGAAAGAUCUCUACUCUCGAUUUCGAGAAGUUCUACAACAUCGUCAAUGGCGAGAAGCGUGGCUCUGACCAGAUCCACCACGGUAUCAACCCUUCCACGGGCCUUGAACUUUGGGACGUCCCCAUCGCGUCCACGCAGGACCUGAACGAUGCUGUCGCCGCCGCAAAGAAGGCGUUCCCUUCAUGGAAGGCGACACCAGUCGAGAAGCGCAAGGAGAUGCUCGGCCAGCUGAUCGGCCUAUUCCAGCAGCACGAGGACGAGUUCGUCACUCUGCUCUGCAAGGAGUCUGGCAAGCCUAGAAAGUUCGCUGCCACGGAGGUUGGCGGCGUCGCCGGCUUCAUCGGCUACCACACUACGCUCGACAUACCCUCCGAGAGCUUCGAGGACGACGAGAAGACAGUCUACACAGAAUACUCACCCCUCGGUGUAUGCGCAGCUAUCUGCCCGUGGAAUUUCCCUCUGAUCCUGUCAGUCGGCAAGGUCGCCCCCGCCAUCAUGACCGGAAACACCAUCAUCGUCAAGCCCUCGCCGUUCACGCCCUACACCGCACUGAAGUUCGCCGAGCUGGCUCAGCAGAUCUUCCCUCCCGGUGUCAUCCAGGUUGUUGGUGGUAACAACGAGCUCGGCGCAGAGAUGUGCAAGCACCCCGACAUUGCAAAGAUCUCCUUCACCGGCUCCACCGCCACAGGAAAGAAGGUCAUGGAGACAUCCUCAAAGACGCUCAAGCGCGUCACUCUCGAGCUCGGCGGAAACGACGCCUCCAUCAUCCUCCCCGACGUCGACAUCAAGAAGAUCGCCCCCGAGGUCGCCAUGGGCGCCUUCCAGAACUCGGGCCAGGUGUGCGUCGCCACAAAGCGCAUCUACAUCCAUGAGUCCAUCUACAAGGAGUUCGUCGCGGAGAUGGUCGCCUUCACCAAGAACGUCAAGGUCGGCAACCCCGACGACGGCGACAACCUGCUCGGCCCCGUGCAGAACAAGAUGCAGUACGACCGUGUCAAGGGCUUCUUCGAGGACUCAAAGUCAAACGGCUACACGUUCGCCGUCGGCGCGCCAGACGUCCAGACAGGAAAGGGCUACUUCGUCCAGCCGACCAUCAUCGACAACCCGCCCAACGACUCGCGCAUCAUUCAGGAAGAGCCAUUCGGCCCCAUCGUGCCCACCCAGCCGUGGUCCGACCUCGAGGAAGUCAUCGCCCGCGCCAAUGACACAAACACCGGCCUGGGUGCCUGCGUGUGGGGCAAGGACGUCGAGAAGGCGAGCCAGAUUGCGCGCAGGCUCGAGGCGGGCUCCGUCUUCGUCAACUCGUACGAGAAGCCUACGCCCCAGGCUACCUUUGGCGGUCACAAGGAGAGUGGCAUUGGCGGCGAGUGGGGCAAGACGGGACUGCUUGCGUACUGCAACCCGCACGUCAUCCACGUGUACAAGUCCUAG